ACCCAUUUCACAACCUCUGAUAUAGAUCAUUUUUAAUAUAAGUGAGUAAAGUAAGGCAGGCCGGAGAGUAGGAUGUGAAGCAGCGGUUCCAAGUCAAUGUGCAGCCCACAUACGUACUGCCCGCAAAGCGGCCACCCCUAGGGCAGGGAUAGCUGGUGCCGCGGCGCGAUCUCCGCAUCUUGGUGACGGUGUGAAGCCUUCCCCUGACCCCCUCAUUGAUUCCCGCCUGAAAGUGACCGGUGAGGGGAAUGUAAUACACGUUACCCGCAGGAGACCAGGCUAAAGACCCCCUUCUGCCUCCGCCGUCAUGGCGGACACCGAGCUGAAAGUUCCGGAGGACAUGUUCAAGGAUGUGAAGUUUUACCUCGUGGGGGACCUGGAUCCUCAGGUCGUACAACUGCUGAAAGCUGGAAAAGCUAAAGAAGUCUCCUAUAAUGCAUUGGCUACACACAUCAUCGCAGAAGAUGGUGACAAUCCUGAGGUUGGAGAGGCUCGAGAGGUCUUUGAUCUUCCUAUUGUGAAGCCCUCCUGGGUCACAUUAUCAGUUCGAUGUGGCGCUCGUCUACCUGAAAAUGGAUUUUCUCCAGAAUCAGGACAAAUAUUUUUUGGUGUUACUGCUUGUCUUUCACAGGUUUCACCUGAUGAUAGAAAUGCUCUUUGGGCAAUGAUAACAUUUUAUGGUGGUGACUGUCAGCUGAGUCUCAAUAAGAAGUGCACUCAUCUAAUUGUUCCUGAGCCAAAAGGGACCAAGUAUGAAUAUGCCUAUCAACGAGGGAACAUAAAAAUUGUUACCCCUGACUGGGUGGUAGACUGCGUAUCUGAGAAGACCAAGAAAGAUGAAGAAGUUUUUCACCCACGUCUUAUAGUCUAUGAGGAGGAGGAGGAGGAAGAGGAAGAAGACGAGGAGGAGGAGGAAGAUGAGGAAGAAAGGGACUCCCAAAAUGCAAGUGCUGAUGAAGAUAGAUACUCCUCCAAAUCUAGUCCAGUUACAUCACGGGAGGGAUCUCCUUUGCCUAAUCAAGAGUCUUCACCAAAGCGCAUCACUGCACAAAAGGUUAAAGAGGAGCUGAUGUUCGAUGACUCUGAUGACUCUUCAUCGGAAAAGCAAGAGAGAAAUUUGAACUGGACCCCAGCGGAGAUGCCGCAGAUGAGUACAGCAAAGAGAAGACUGCCUCAGGGCAAGGAUUCUGGGCUGAUUAAUUUAUGUGCUAAUGUUCCACCAGUACCAGGGAGUAUUUUGCCACCUGAAGCCCGAAGUGGUUUGCUCUCAUCGGUGCCUGGAACCGCAGGUUCAGAAAGGCCAGAUAUUAUGGCUUUUCGCAGUCCAGCAACAAGGACACUUCGAAACAUCACAAAUAGCGCUGAUAUACAGCAGAUUAAUAGACCUUCAAAUGUUGCCCACCUUUUACAAACACUUUCUGCUUCCACCAAAAAUUUAGAACAGCAAGGCAGCCAUCCCCAGCAAGGACAUCCAAACUCAGUCUUGUUUAAUCAAAUGAAAUCCUUACCACAGGAGGCUCAGCAAAUGUUACAGCAGCAGCCUUCCCACCAGACCCAGCAGCAGCAGCAGCAGCAACACCAUCCUCUUGUGCAGCUUCAGCCUCAACAACUUAUGCAGUUGCAGCAACAACAAAUCACCCAACAAGCUUUUCCGCAGCAUCAGUUUUCACAAGUGAACCAACAGCACCAUUUCACCCAGCUGCCGUUCUCACAGCAGCAGAUACUUCGCCCACAGCAGCAAACCAUGCAACACUUCCAGCAGCAGCAUGCACUUCAGCAGCAACUCCAACAGCUUCAGCAGCAGCAGCACCUUCAGCAGCAACAGACACUACAGCAAACCCUUCAGCAGCAGAAUAUACAACAAAUCCUUCAGCGGCAGCAAACGCCCGCACAGCAACAGACGCUACAGCAGCAGCAGCAGCAAACAAUUCAGACAUCUAUACAGCAGCAGCAGAACAUACAGAAAACCCUUCAGCCCAAUAUACAGCAGCAGACCCUUCCGCAACAAAAUCCAGGCUUGCAGCAGAACCUUCAACAAAGCAUUCAGCAGCUUCAGCAACAGCAGAUACAACAUUUAACAUUGCAGCAAAAGCAGCAGCUACAGCAGCAUGCUCUUCAGCAACAGCAAAUUCAGCCUCACCCACAAUUACACACACUGCAGCAGCAGCAAAUCCAGACCCAGACUCUGCAACAACAGCAAAUUCAGCCGCAGACAAUUCAGCAGCAGAUUCAGCCAACAUCCAUACAACAACAGCAACAUCAAAUGCAGGCACAAUCUCUUCAGCAGCAGCAAAUCCAAGCACAGUCACUACAGCAGCAGCAAAUCCAGACACAGACCCAGCAGCAUCAUGUACAACCACAGGCCCUUCAACAGCAACAUCAAGUACAGGCACAGACACUUCAGCAACACCAAAUGCAACCGCAUAAUAUUCAGAUUCAACAUCAAAUUCAGAAUGCGACUCAUCAACAGCAUCAGAUCCCAUCGCAAAUGAUACAACAGCAAACUCUCACUCAGCAACAACAGCAGACUCUUCAGCUUCAGCAGCAGCAAAUGAAACAGCAGCAAAUCCAACAGCAAACUCUGCUUCAACAGCAGCAAAUUCAGCAGCAGCAGCAGCAGAUUCAACAAGUUGGUCUUCAGCAGCAACAAAUGCCGCAAUCCCAGCCGUCUCAGAUUCAGCAACCAUCUCUACAACAGUCACAAGUGACAAUGCAACAGUCACAGGUUCAACAGGCAACCCUUCAGCAGCCUCCACUCCAAGCCCAACAGACGCAGCAGCAAAAACACAACCUUCAGCAGAUACAACAACAAAUCCAACAGCAGCACCUUCAGCGCUUACAGCAGCGACAAAUGCAAAAUCAGACACAGCAGCAACUGGGACAAAUACAGCAGGUACCGGCACAAACACCCAGUCAACAGCCACCGCAAUCGCAGCAGCUUCAUGGACAUGACCCUUCACUGGAGAUUCCUGAAGACUACUUUUUGAUGGGUUGUGUGUUUGCAAUUGCCGAUUAUCCAGAACAAAUGUCUGAUAAACAACUGUUGGCAACCUGGAAACGGAUAAUACAAACGCAUGGCGGUACCGUGGACCCCACACUCACAAGUCGCUGUACACAUCUUCUGUGUGAGAGCCAAGUCAGUAGCAUGUAUACCCAGGCAAUGAAGGAAAGAAAGCGUUGCAUCACAGCUCACUGGCUGAACACAGUCUUGAAGAAGAAAAAAAUGGUACCUCCUCAUCGAGCUCUACAUUUCCCUGUCGCAUUUCCACCGGGAGGAAAGCCAUGUUCUCAGCAUAUCAUUUCUGUAACUGGUUUUGUUGAUAGCGAUAGAGAUGAUCUAAAGCUAAUGGCGUACCUGGCGGGUGCGAAGUACACGGGAUAUCUAUGUCGUAGCAACACAGUUCUCAUCUGCAAAGAGCCUACAGGUAUGAAGUAUGAGAAAGCCAAAGAAUGGAGGAUACCCUGUGUCAAUGCACUGUGGCUCUGUGACAUUCUUCUCGGAAACUUUGAGGCUUUGCGACAAAUCCAGAACAGCCGGUACACAAUGUUUAACUUGCAGGAUCCAUUGGCUCCUUCAUCGCAUAUGGUGUCCGAUCUGCUUGAUGCAUGGAGAGUUCCUUUAAAAGUAUCUUCAGAAGUGCUAAUGAGUAUAAGAAUUCCUCUGAAGCCUAAACAGAACGAACCUGUAAUUCAACCGAAACGACCCAGAAUUGAAGACCUUCCUCCUCCAACUAAAAAACUGUCUCCUGAUCAGACGCCUAAUGUAUUGUUCACUGGAUUUGACCCAACUCAGGUGCAGCAGUAUGUGAAGAAACUUUACAUUCUUGGAGGAGAAGUGGUAGACUCUGCACAGAAGUGCACACAUCUGAUUGCCAGUAAAGUCACGAGGACUGUAAAAUUUCUGACUGCUAUCUCCGUGGCAAAGCAUAUAGUGACACCAGAGUGGCUUGAUGAAAGCUUCAAAUGCCAAAAAUUUGUUGAGGAACAGAGUUACAUACUGCGUGACGCUGAAGCGGAGGUGCUUUUCUGCUUUAGUUUAGAAGAGUCUUUAAAAAGAGCGCGUGUGGCUCCUCUCUUCAAGGGAAAGUAUUUUUACGUUACUCCUGGAAUAUGCCCUAGCCUGUCAACUAUGAAAUCUAUUGUGGAGUGUGCAGGCGGUAAAAUACUAACAAAGGCCCCCUCUUUCCGAAAAAUAAUGGAGCAUAAACAGAACAAGAGUUUAGCGGAGAUCAUUUUGAUAUCAUGUGAAAAUGACCUUCACCUUUGCAGAGAAUAUUUUGCGGGCAGUAUAGAUGUCCAUAGUGCAGAAUUUGUUCUCACUGGAGUCCUCACACAGACCUUGGAUUAUGAGUCAUAUAAAUUCACAUGAAACCCCCGGAGGCGUCCAAGUUGAAGAUCAUAGCUUUGUCAGCCAUAAUGAAGCAUAGGUGCAUCUAGUACUAUGUUUCUUGAGCACGCUUCCUUGGUGAAUACACAGCCGUGAACAGGGAAGUUAAAUUAUGUGCAUCUUUUCUUGGGAUGUGUAUUUUGUUAAAAAGUUAACAUAAAUGAUUAUGUUUGUAUCAUAGUGUGGUUUUAAGAGCCCUCAAUAUGUUUAAUACAUUCUUUAAUACAUUUUGUUUUGUGUUUUUUUUUUUUUAUGUAAAUGUUAAAUAAUGAAGGUACUUUAAGUAUUUUUUGCGGAACAAAGGGCUAAAUGUUUGUUAAAUAUUAGAACGGAAGAAAAUAAAC